CAGAAAAUGUCACGCACAAGAAGCCCCCCGCGGGAUCGAGUGUGUAAAGGUCGGUCGAGGUACAGUAACCGCCGUAAAAGUACUUCUCGGGCAGACAGUGACGUUUGUGGGACGAAACGUCAAGCGAAGUGCGCGAAGAUAAACAAAACGUAAACAAGAAUUAAGUUGCGAGAAAGUGUCCUGGUGAAAGGUGGUGCAUUAGUGCGAAAAAGGCAAUUUGAUUAGAUUGCGAACGGGAGAAGAGUUAUAAAAUAGAUCUUUUCUGCUGAAUAAUUAGUGACCUCGAACGCUGCCCGCUCCGUUGGUUGGAAAACCCUGAAAAAGAAAUAAUUUGAGGUUAUUUGCAGUAGUGUAAGUUCACAAAAUUAAAACUAAGACCUGUUGAAAAAAAGAAAAAUACUUACCAUUAUAGUUGCCCGCAAAUCCGGUAGAUUCUCGGUCGAGAUUGUUGAAAUCAGUGCUGAACUAGGGUGACCGAUGUAAGUAGGAGUUGAAUUAUAAUUGUACCUAAACCUAAUGAAAUAAUUACAGCUUUUAGCUAUCCUAACACUUAAAACUAACGGUGUUUGUCGCUGAAAAGAGCCCGAAAAUCUCCCUCAACAAACUAAAAGAUCGCCCGAUAGGAAGGAUGGACUGCAUGCUGUGCACUUUUCCAAACACGGACCGGAUGGUGAGCUGCUGUGUCUGCGGGUCGUGGAUGCACUACGAGUGCGUCGGCGUCAACGAUAGCAUCGCGGCGCAUAGUCGGUCGUUCUACUGCCCUCCAUGCCAGAGGCCGACACCAAGACCCCAGCCACCAGUGGAAGAACCCGGCAAGAAACACGAUGGCAAGGCCAAGAGUUCCAAGGCGGGGUCGAAAGCGGGAUCGAAGGCGGGUUCCAAGGCAAGUUCGGUGCAGUCCGGCGUCGGCGCACGAACCAGAUUGGCUCAGCUGAAGAUCCAAAAGCUGGAGGAGCAGAAAAAGCUCGCGCUACAACGCCUGGAGCUGGAGAGCAAGCAGCGAGACGCGGAGAUGGCUGCCAAGAAGCAGGUGCAGGAAGCGGAACUAGCGGCGUUGAAGCUACAGGUCGAAACGGAGGCGCUCGAAGAGACGUUCCGACUGCUCGAGGAGUUGGAAAUCGGAGAUGAUGACGGCGAUGGCCGAAGCGUGGCUUCGGAGCAAAGUUCGCGCAGCAAGGUGAAGAGGUGGCAGCAGAAUCAGGAGGUAAUGAGCUCGACGCUUUUGAGACCGACGAAGACUUCAGCUGGAACUGGUCAACAAGCGGGGAACCCGACGACAUCUGGAACAGUCGCUGGUCAGGUGGGACAACCGGCCGGUGGAAACCGAACCGUUUUAGAUAGGGCGUUAGACGGGAUUUCCCUGAACGACACAGUAGCGCAGUCUACGUUAGGAGGUUUUAUUGGGAGAGUCUCAGAGACUAUAGUUUCGAAGCAUGCCACUCAAAAGCCAUUUGCACCGGGCACAAAUAUCGCGGAAUCUUCUCCAAGUCCAAUUAAGUCUUCUCCGACUCCCGCGAACGGGAAACCCCAACCCCCACUAGUCUGAUCCAGAGUCUUCUGUCAAGACAACCAGUGUUGAAUUCGGAAGUGAGUGCGAGUAGUGUUCAAGGGAA